UCCUCAAUAUAGUUAAACUAUGGUUGGUUCUUCUUUUGAAACUUCAACUUAAAAUAAUCAUGCAUUAUUUAUAGAAUGAGAAACCACUGUCCAUUAAUGCACCACCUAAGGCAAUACCGCAGGUUUUCUCAUCAAGAAAGCUUCAAUUUAUCAACCUUACAAUUUCCUUUUAUUCAAUCAAUAAACCAAUGUUUUAUAUUCCAUAAACUCAGCACCAAAAGGCGUCAAUUAGCCGAUCUCUUACAAUCACUCGCACAAAACAAUCCCAUACUACACCACAAACAAAUCCAUGCCCAAAUCAUUGUAUUAGGCUUAGAAUCUGAUACUUUUUUAAACAAUCUCCUCGUAAAUGUGUAUGCUAAGUCUGGCUUUUUAUGUCAUGCACGCAGCUUGUUUGAUAAAAUGCCAGAGAAAAACUUAAUUUCUUGGUCUUCAAUGGUUUCUAUGUAUUCCAAACAUGGUUUCCACGAAGAAGCUUUUUUAAUGUUUUUGGGUUUCAAAAGAUAUUGCGAUGACAGUCCAAAUGGACAUAUUUUAGCUAGUGUUAUACGUGCUUCUGGAGAACUUGACGGUCGAAGUGGUGGUUGUUUAGGUAAACAAAUACAUGGUUUUGUUGUUAAGGGUGGCUUUUAUCAAGAUGUUUAUGUGGGUACCUCUUUGGUUGAUUUGUACGUGAAAAAUGGUCAAAUUGACGAAGCAAGAAUUGUCUUUGACGGGUUGUUGGUGAAAAAUGCGGUUACUUGGACAACAAUUAUGACAGGUUAUGUUAAAAGUGGGAGGAGUGAGAUUUCACUAGAAUUGUUUAAUCAAAUGAAGGAAAUUGAUUUUGUUCCGGAUAGAUACGUAUUGUCUAGUGUUUUAAGUGCAUGUUCUACACUCGAGUUUUUUGCAGGAGGCGAGCAAAUUCAUGCUCAUGUAUUGAGGAAGGGAAUAGAAAUGGAUGUUUCAGUAGUUAAUGCGCUUAUUGAUUUUUAUGUCAAGUGUGGUAAAGUACAAACUGCUAGGAAACUGUUUGAUAGAAUGGUGCAUAGAAACGAAAUUUCAUGGACUACAAUGACUGCUGGAUAUAUGCAAAAUUCUUUGGAUAGGGAAGCGGUGAAAUUGUUCAUUGAAAUGACCAGAUUGGGUGAGAUGCCAGAUGGAUUUGCAUGCACUAGCAUUCUCACAUCAUGUGGUUCACUUGACUCUCUAGAACUGGGAAGACAAGUUCAUGCUUAUAGUAUCAAGGCAAAUCUUCAGUUUGAUAUUUUUCUGAAAAAUGGUUUGAUUGAUAUGUAUGCAAAAUGUGGUGCAUUGAAUGAUGCGAGAAGGGUUUUUGAUGUUAUGACUAAUCAUAAUGUGGUCUCCUAUAAUGCAUUGAUUGAAGGAUACUCAAGCAGCAACAAGCUGUUUGAAGCAAUGAAUCUUUUCCAUGACAUGAGGCUUAAGAUGCUCCCACCAAGCCUUUUGACAUUUGUUAGCCUUCUUGGUGUAUCAGCUGCACUAUCAGCCUUGGAACUAAGCAAGCAAAUUCAUGCAUUCAUCAUCAAGUUUGGUCUCUGUCUGGAAAUAUUUAUUGGGAGUGCCUUAAUAGAUGUUUAUUCAAAGUGCUUGUGUCUUAGGGAUGCUAGACUUAUAUUUGAUGAGAUGACUGAGAAAGAUAUUGUAGUGUGGAACGCAAUGCUUUUUGGCUACACGCAACAGUUGGAAAAUGAAGAGGCUCUCAAACUUUACUCUGAACUACAAUUAUCAGAAAAAAAGCCGAAUGGUUUCACUUUUGCUGCCCUUGUAACUGCAGCUAGUAACUUAGCAAGCCUCCAAAUAGGCCACCAAUUCCAUACCCAAAUCAUACAGAUGGGUCUAAAUUUUGAUCCAUUUAUCACAAAUUCCCUUGUAAACAUGUACUCAAAAUGUGGAAACUUUGAAGAUGCUCGUAAGGCAUUUGGUUCCACAAGUUCGAGAGAUGUUGUCUGCUGGAAUUCCCUUAUCUUGAUGUAUGCACAUCAUGGAGAAGCCAAAGAAGCUCUUCAAAUGUUUAAAAAAAUUAUUGAGAAGGGAAUAAAGCCUAAUUAUGUGACAUUUCUGGGUGUGCUCUCAGCUUGUAAUCAUGCAGGCCUUAUUGAAGACGGACUGCAUUACUUUGAGUCAAUGCCUAAGUUUGAUGUGGAACCAGGAAGCGAUCAUUAUGCUUGUGUGGUUUCUCUUUUAGGCCGUGCUGGUAAGUUAUAUGAAGCAAAAGAGUUAAUCGAAAAAAUGCCAAUAAAACCAGCAGCUGCGGUGUGGAGGAGCUUGCUUAGUGCUUGUAGAAUUUCUGGAAACAUCGAAAUUGGGAAAUAUGCAGCAGAGAAGGCAAUUUCCAUUGAUUCAACAGAUACUGGUUCAUAUACUUUACUGUCAAAUAUUUUAGCAUCUAAAGGAAUGUGGGUGGAUGCUAAACAGGUAAGGGAGAGAAUGGAUGUUAUUGGGGUACUGAAAGAACCUGGAUAUAGUUGGAUAGAAGUGAACAAAAAAAUUCAUGUAUUUAUUGCAAGAGAUAGAAAUCAUUGUGACACAGAGCUCAUUUUUGCAGUUCUGAAUUAUUUGAUUCUGCAAAUUAAAGAGGUUGGUUAUGUGCCUCUUAAUAACUUAUCUUUGUUGAAUGAUUGAAGAGAAACUUUUAUGGUCA